AUGCUACUACGACCAGUGUCAGUAAUACUACUGACGUUAGCGGCUUCAGUAUUGUCUUGUCCUAAUGCUGUCAAGAACCUGUGUCAAUGUUACGAAGAUGUACAGACUGGUAUGGGCCAUACGAUAGAAUGUACGGGUCAGAAUUUGGAAGACGUAAUACACUUGUUAGUACAACAUCAAGAACAAAUCGGGCUGAUUAAACGACUAGCCAUUGUUGACGCGCCAUCGAUCGGCAAUCUGACCGCUGACGCAUUCAAAGGUCUGUACAUCAAGAGCCUCGCAAUCAGGAACAGUGGUGUCAAGAAUGUGGAUGCCAAAGCGUUCGGAGGUCUCGAUUCAACGUUAAUUGAGCUGGAUUUGAGCAAGAAUAAGAUUGACGUCAUGCCAACAAAGGCAAUCAACGGAAUGAAGUCGUUAAUGGUGUUGGAUUUGUCAAACAAUUCAAUUGUAAAUUUGGGAGCUGAAUACAAAAUGCCAACUUUGCCAAAGGUAAUAACUAGUUACGUAACUAUAAUAUCAAUCAUUUUCGAAAAGAAAAAUCAAACUUAAAAAUCUGAAAUUUCAAAAAUAAUGUGAUAUUUUCAGCUUGACCAAUUGAACCUUGCUAACAAUAAGAUCAAGUCCCUACACACAACCUUUUUUGACAAUGUCAAGAAUAACAUCAGAUCAGUAAACUUGGGUCGAAACCAAUUGACCUCAGUCCCUGGAGCAGGUACGUAGCGCUAUAUUCAUAUCUUUUAAGUGUAAUACAUAAGCUUCAAAUAAUGUUUACAUGCAUUAUAAUACUCAAACCUUUUAGCAAUCAGAAGCUUCCGUCGUCUGGAAGCUUUACAUUUGCAUGGCAACCAAAUUGGUCAGCUUGAACCAAUGGCUUUCAUGAAUCUGCCAGUCCUGAACUUGUUGAACUUGGCUCACAACAAGAUUACCAACAUGACACGACAAUCGAUUCUCAACAUUCCUCAUCUGAAGGCUCUUUAUCUUUCUGACAAUUUGUUGGAAGAAAUUAUUCCUCAUCAAUUCGCCCCUUAUGAACAGCUCAUGCUUAUCGACCUGUCGAAUAACAGAAUCAAAGAGCUGCAGGGCGGUUCAUUUGCUGAUAUGAAGGAGUUGAAGGAGCUUUACUUGGCCAACAACAGGAUUUCCAGCAUCAAAAAUGGUGCUUUUAAUAACAGUGCUAUUCAGAUACUGUAUUUGGAAGGGAACCAGCUUGAAGAGAUUACCGAUGACAUGUUCAGUGAAAUGUAUUUCUUGGAACAGUUGGUUUUGAGAGAGAAUUCCGUAAGUUCGGAGUUUGCAUACUUUCAGUUAAUCUUGCAUAAAUCGUUGUUUAAAAAAAUUCUUUUGAAAUUAUAUUGCAAUUAACCUUAUAAUUCAAUUAUUUUCAGAUCAAAUCAAUAAACCAAACUGCCUUCCACAAAACACCAAAUCUUGUUAUGCUGGACCUUAGCCACAACAAGAUCUUCGACUUGUCACCAUCCACAUUUACCAACCAAGAUCGCAUUUUACUUAUCGAUCUACAGUACAACAAGAUUCUACGUACUCCUUACAGUGCAUUCAGCCGCAGAGUUGUUACUGUUCUGUUCUAUGGUAAGUCAAUACUUCAAAAUAUUUUUUGAUUUGAGGACUAUCAAGCAUAUUAAAAAACACAGUUUCAUAUUUGUAGACUUAAUAACAUUCAACGUUAAAAUAAAAUAUAACUGCGUAGAAAUAUAACCUUAUAAUCACAAAUUUGAUUUUUUACAGAAAACCCCUUGGUAUGCUCCGAGAAGGUGCAUAUGAUCCAAAAAGGACAAGCUCUCACUGUGCCUGACCAUCAUGACACGAUUUGUGGACCACAAAGAGAACUCGAACAACAAAAUCAAAUUUUGAUUGCAUCGACAACAGCCUCGCCAACUACCGAAGUCAACACCACUCCAGUUCAGCAAACCCGAUCGAUCCUUGACGCUCUUCCACAGAACCCGAAGUUCAAUGUACAACAAAGUCCAAUCUUCAACGGAGAGCAGAAUCCAGUGUUUAAUGGCCAGCAGAAUCCAAUGUUUGCUGGACAACCACUCUUGCCAGGAGUUAGGCAACCAACUCAAGAAGAGUUGUUCAAUGCUUUUAAGCAAGCUGAGAGUGACGCUUUGAGCCGCCCAGUACCAGAAGAUUCGUUGCACGAUCCAAAAACACCGGCUCCACCAGUAGUGAUCCCAGCAUUAAACGGAUUCGACGCUUCUGGACUGUUCAACAGCGCUCCAGGUAACGGAAUGCCAAUGGUGAUUCAAAGGCCGAAACCAGAAAUCGCUCAACCUGAAGGUCCUCGUGGUUCGUUAAUGGUACGAAAGCUGUCUUCAGAACGUCGUGAAUCAGCUGAAGAACGAAGCGUUAUCAGAGCUGAACGUCCAGUUAUUCAGCCAACCAUAAAUCAACCUCAAGAUCGACUUCCAGCAGAAGAUGAUGGCAGAGAAGGUGGUGAAGAAGCUCAACGACCACAGUUCCCGGUCGAACAAUCUUCAAAUCAAACUCCUUUAUCAGCUGAAGGUGUAGUGACCACAACUGACAUUGCCAACAUCCCUGGUCGUAUCUACCCUCUGCCUGUGCCAUUCUUGAAGCAGCCCAUUAAGCAGAACACUUCUGUAUUCUCGGCCACGCUUCCACCAAGCAUCGUCAUUGCCCCUAGCCAGAGCGACAACAUUUUCGAGGAGUUCGAAAACCGUACUGCCACUGCUAAAAACCGGGCAAUGACUACAGAAAAGCGACCAUCAACUAUAAGUCUAAACGACGAGCUCAACUUCAACAUGGUUGCUUCGAAUACAGAACAACAGAACGCUGAUCAGACCAAAGUUGCUACAACCUUGAUCCAAGGCGACAAACAGUUGCCCAACAUUCUGACCAUGGUCGUGGUAGCUGUGGUCGGUGUUGUUGUAGCCGCAAUCUUGUUAGGCUUGAUUGCUUUGUACAGAAGAAGGCAUGACGCCAACUUUGUGCCCAGUUCAGCCAAUUCAGCUAGCGGAGGAUACGGGUAUCCAUCAAACACGUUAACAAGGCCACUACCGCCACACCACAACUAUGUUCAUGCAACGAAUCAGUUUGGAAACUCACAUUCACAGAUGAGCACGUUACAAAGGAGCAGGUAAAUUGGGUUUUUACUUAUAGCUACUAACAAUAACAUUAAAAAACCGCAAAGUAAAAAAAUCAUUAACUUUUAAUGCUGCGCAUUUAAAAACAAGCCUGUGAUAGCAGCCUUGUUCCGAUAUCGCAAAAUUUGAGGUGCUUAUUCAAACUUUUUUCAGGCCAUCCUCGCAAGCCUUCCAAUCCGAAGACGUGUACGGAUGGAUGUACAAUCAGGGACCCUAUCAGAUUUACCAAUCCAAACCUUCAGCCUAA